AUGGAUAGCUUUAAGGAAAUACAUGCGGAUAUUAGGAGUUUGACUCCUAUUAUUCGUAAGUAUCUCCCUACAGUUCACACGAUACCCUUGGAUAAAGGGUUGUCGUGGGUCCCUACAUGGAAGAGUACUCCAAAUGACGAUCGUAUGUUCGAUCGGAACGCUGUGCCUAACAUAUUUACUAGUUUGAAAUAUGAGGUUGCCUCGUUUGCAAGGGAUGUACGUUUUGUACAUUCCCUUCCAGAUGGAGUAUUCUCCCCAGGUAUUCUAUUUGCAAAAGGAACGCUUUGGCCUUUCAAUUACAAAUGGAAUACUCAGGUCGCUAAUAAAGAUUUCACUCUUUACGAGACUCCCCCUUAUGGCGUUGGUCAUGUCUUUAAUGACUUGGCUAAUGCCUAUGAAGGGAGGUAUCUUCGACCUGGUAGGAUCGCUCAGGUUAUUGAAGGAGGUGGAAAGAGACGACUGUUUGCCAUAGGAAAUUAUGUCAAGCAACGUCUCCUUCGCCCUGUACAUGAUUGGGCUAUGGAGGUUUUGGCCUCCAUUCCCAUGGAUGGAACCUUUAAUCAAGGAGGUCCCAUCGACCGAUUAUGUAGGUGGGCUUCAACUCAAGGAGAUAGACGCUCUCUUAAGGUCUACUCUUUUGAUUUGAAAUCCGCUACUGAUCGGUUCCCACUGUCGAUUAUCCAUGAGGUUACUUCAGCCUUCUUUGGACCGACAGUGGCAUCAUGUAUUGUUAAUGGGACCUUUGGAUUAAAUUCCUUCGACAUAACUUCUCUUCUUCAACCUAGAUUGAAAUGGAAAUCUUUCCAAUCGUUGUCGAAAAGGAAGCCUGUCUUAGUGAGUUUUGUCCAAGGACAACCAUUGGGGUAUUAUACCUCUUGUGCACUUUUCUCCCUAUCACAUCACUAUUUGGUGUGGUUGGCAGCCGAGCGGUCAUCCCCAGAUAGGGGAAGGUUUACUCGCUACGCUCUUUUAGGUGAUGAUAUAGUUAUCGCCGAUGAGGGUGUAGCAAGGGAGUACAAACGGAUUCUAGAGGAGCUCAGAGUAACUAUAUCUGUUCCUAAAUCUUUAGUUUCAGAUAAUGGUUCCUUUGAGUUCGCAAAGAGGUUUGUGGUGAAUUUUGAGAAAGACUUAUCACCUAUCUCUUUGAAAGCUCUAUUAUCUGUUCGUACAACCUUGGGUUUAUGCCAAUUGGCGGAUAAGUAUGAUAUCAGAAAUGAUUCUACUCUCUUCCGGUUGGCGGGUGCGGGUUUUAGGGCUCGUGCUCGACUGCGAUCUACAACUUCUUGCGGACGUCGUUGGCAGAGGUUGUGGGUUGCUGCUCAUAAACCAUUGAGGAAUAGUCAGCUACCGUUAGAAUGGUGGAUUGGAAGAGGUACCCCUCUCAAUCCCUAUUUGAAGGGAAUCAUGGUUGACUGGCUUAGAAAGGAGUUGAAGCCUAAGCAAUAG